AUGGCGAGUGUCACGAUCGUACAGGGGACGUUGAGAGGAGGCAAAACCAAGACCGAUGGCGGAUUUGAAUAUUUCGAGUUUUUGGGGGUUCCGUAUGCCAAGCCGCCCGUGGCAGAAUUGAGAUUUAAGAGUCCUCAGCCUGCAGAGCCGUGGAUUGGCGAGUGGGACGCAACGAAUGUUACCAGAGAUAAAACGUCGCUAAUAUACGACGUAUUACAAGGUCAGCUGACGGGGGGCGAGGACUGCCUCUAUCUGAACGUGUACACCCCAAGACUGAGCAGUGAUGAGCUGGAGUUGCUACCAGUAAUGGUGUUUAUUCACGGUGGUGGUUUUGUUUUUGGCAACGGUACCGUGAAGAACGAGAGCGGACCAGAUUUCCUCAUUGAGCACGGAGUAGUGAUUGUCUCGAUAAACUACAGACUGUCCGUGUUUGGUUUCCUGGCGCUGGACAUCCCGGAGGCGGCCGGCAAUAUGGGUCUCAAGGAUCAAGUGGAGGCCCUCAAAUGGGUGCAAGCCAACAUACGUAACUUUGGCGGGGACAAGAACAAUGUAACGUUGUUCGGUGUGAGCGCUGGCGCGGCGUCAGUCGAAUACCUGAUGCUCUCGCCGAAAGCUGAAGGGCUCUUCCACAAAGCUAUCCUUCAAUCUGGCUCCUGUCUCAACCAUUGGGCCGUUAACUACGAGCCUAGGAGAUUGGCCUACCAACUCGCUGCAGACCUUGGAUACGAGGGUUCGGAGGAAGACAGCGCGUCGAUAUACCAAUGUCUUUUUAACGCGCCGGCCGAUAGCUUAGCGGCGAAGUCUCUGUACGUAAUGGAGAAGUACACUUUGGAUAGAGUCUUCUUUGGUUUCGUGCCGACGGUGGAGAGAGAUUUCGGUAACAGCGAUGCUUUUCUAACGGAAAAUCCAUAUACGGUUCUGAAACGUGGAUUUUACAAUCGCUUACCGGUCAUAAAAGGCUUCUGCAAUAAAGAGGGAUACUUAACGUGCAUGAUGAAGCCGAAAGCGAUAGCAGACAUCUUGAAGAAUCAUAACUUCGUCGAUCAUUGGCCGUUCAAUUUAGAUGCGGUGGACUUUGAAAGAUACGGCGAGGCGUUCAGACGACUAUACGUCAAAGAGCUACAGCUGGACGAUGACGAUGACAAAAUGGCCGUGGACUUUUACGGUGAUUUAGACUUCGUGUCCGGUAUUUGGUUAAGUGGGAAGCUGAUGGAGCGGAAUGGCGCGCCGGUCUGGUUCUACGAGUUUUCUCACGAGGGUGAUGUUAACAUGUCUCAACAUCUGUUUGGUAAAAAGAGGAAAGGGGCGGGGCACGCCGAUGAUGGGAACUACGUAAUAUGCAAUGAUGUGUCGAAGGCAGCGCGCGAUUAUGAUUUGACUGUCAGGAAUGCUAUGUGCAAGAUGUGGACGGAUUUUGCUAAGUCAAGCUUACCUACACUUGCGUUCAACGUCGACAACUUGGAAGAGUGGCCGACAUACACGGAAGACAACCCAGUCUAUUUGAAUAUCGACAAGGAAAUACAACUGAAGUUCAACCACGAACCGGAAAAGAUGGCCGUCUUUGAAGCAAUAUACGAAAAAUAUAGGAAA